AUGGGCGCAAUCCAAGAAUCGGCGGGCAGACCGCCCGCGUACGAUGCCGAGAAGGACGUGCCGCUCGGGCGCGAGCCAAGUGCCCAGUCCUUCAUUGUCGGAUCAACCGACCAGACGCACCGGAAGCUGAAGCCGCGACACAUCCAGCUCAUCGGAAUCGGUGGAACCAUCGGAACUGCUCUCUAUGUCCAGAUCGGCCGCGGUCUCAUGCAGGGAGGCCCUGGCAGCUUGUUCAUUGCGUUUACGCUGUGGUGCACAGUCAUUCUCGCCGUCACGAUGUCCAUGGCCGAGAUGGUCACCUACCUGCCCAUCUCGUCGCCCUUCAUUCGGUUCGCUGGUCGCUACGUCGACGAGGCCUUCGGCUUCAUGACGGGGUGGAACUUCUUCGUCUUUGAAGCUGCGCUGGUGCCGUUCGAGAUUGUGGCCUGCAACGUCAUCAUUCACUUCUGGAGUGAUGUGGUCCCGGCAGGUGUCAUUAUUGCCAUCAUCUUGGUCCUGUACGCUCUUAUCAACCUGCUAGCGGUCAAAUGGUACGGCGAGAGCGAGUUCUGGGCGGCUCUUGGCAAGGUGCUGCUCAUCAUCGGUCUCAUCAUCUUCACCUUUAUCGUCAUGGUCGGCGGCAACCCACAGAGGAAUGCUUUCGGGUUUACUUACUGGUAUUCGCCUGGCGCAUUCGCCGAAUGGUACACUACAGGCAAUCUUGGACGGUUCAUGGGCUUCAUGCAGUGCCUCAUCCAGGCCUCGUUCACGAUUGCCGGCCCCGACUACGUCUCCAUGUCUGCCGGCGAGGCAGAGAACCCGCGCGUGGUCAUGCCAAAGGCUUUCAAUGCGGUCUUCUAUCGCCUGACGACCUUUUUCAUGCUCGGUUCGCUCUGCGUCGGCAUCCUUGUUCCGUACAACGAUCCGGAGAUGAUGGCUGCCUUUUCCGACGGCAAGCCCGGUGCCGCCGCCUCGCCAUACGUAGUCGCCAUGAACCGCAUGGGCAUCCCCGUCCUGCCUCAUAUUGUCAACGCCAUGGUUCUGACGGCUGCCUUUUCUGCCGGUAACAGCUACGUCUACUGCGCCUCGCGAUCGCUGUAUGGCCUCGCGCUCGAGGGCAAGGCGCCCAAGGUCCUGCGCAAGUGCACCAAGAACGGCGUGCCGGUCUACUGCGUCGUCAUUGUGCUGCUUAUAUCGCUGCUGUCGUUCCUGCAGCUGGGCGAGCAGGCCGCGGUCGUGCUCACCUGGUUUGUCAGCCUGGUCACGGCCUCGCAGCUCAUCAACUUCAGCUGCAUGACGGCCACGUACCUGUGCUUCUACCGCGCGCUCAAGGCCCAGGGCAUCAGCCGCGACUCGCUGCCGUACAAGGGCUUCCUGCAGCCGUAUGCCGCCAUCUACGCCUUUAUCGCGACCUUCAUCAUGACCUUUGUCGGCGGGUACACGGUUUUCCUGCCUGGCAAGUGGGAUAUUCCCAGCUUCCUGUUCUCAUACCUCAUGAUCUUCAUCUGCCCCGUCCUGUUCAUCGGAUGGAAGCUGGUGCAUCGGACGCGCAUGUACAAACCGUCCGAGGUCGACCUGCACAAGGACAUACCCGAGAUUGAAGAAUACCACCGGACAUUUGUGCCGAGUCCUCCCAAGUAA